CGGCUCGGAGCCGCGAUGCCUCCCUGGGCGCUGCUGGCUCUGCUGGCGCUGCUGCCCGCGCUGCCGGCCGCCUCCCCGCCGCCUCCCCCGGCCGCCUGCGGUCCCUGCGAUCCGGCGCGGUGCGCGGCGCUGCCGGCGCGGGGCUGCGCGCUGGGGCGGGUGCGGGACGGCUGCGGCUGCUGCUGGCAGUGCGGGCGCGGCGAGGGCGAGGCGUGCGGGGCGGGCGGGCGCUGCGCCCCGGGGCUCGAGUGCGUCAAGAGCCGGCAGCGGCGCAAGGACAAGGGCGGCGACGGAGCUGCCUCCCCCGGAGCCGCCGCCGCCGCCUCGCCGCUCGGGGUGUGCCUCUGCAAGAGCCGCUACCCGGUGUGCGGCAGCGACGGCCUCACCUACAGCAGCGGGUGCCAGCUCCGCGCCGCCAGCCUGCGCGCACAGAGCCGCGGCGCCGCCGCCAUCACCCAGCGCAGCAAGGGCGCCUGCCAGCAGGGACCUUCUAUUGUAACCCCUCCAAAGGACAUCUGGAAUGUGACAGGAGCGCAGAUCUACCUGAGCUGUGAAGUCAUAGGCAUCCCAACUCCUGUCCUCAUCUGGAACAAGAUAAUUAGGGGACAGUAUGGUGUCCAGAGGAUGGAGCUUCUGCCUGGGGACCGGGAAAACUUGGCUAUCCAGACCCGAGGGGGCCCUGAGAAACACGAAGUGACCGGCUGGGUGCUUAUAUCUCCUCUGAGCAAAGAGGAUGCUGGAGAAUAUGAGUGUCAUGCAUCAAAUGCCAAAGGAGAGGCAACGGCUUCUGCAAAAAUCCACGUUGUGGAGACUCUGCAUGAAAUAGGCCUGACCAAAGAUGACGGUGCAGAGCUGUGAUGUGAGGACUUUCACCUACGCCCAGUUUUAAGUUAGUAUUUUGGAAAGCUGCAACCUCUGUCUUUUUCUAGCUCACUAAUCAUUCCCGCCUAAUGCCCUUAUUCUUUGAUUACCGAUUUGCUUGCACACUUCUUUUACAGAUACACAAAUAAAGAGAUUCACAAGUUUGA